UAUCCAUCCGCCGGGUCAGAGAGUAUUUUGGAGAAAACGCUGAAUGUGACGCGUGUUUCCUCUGCCGUUCUCUCUCUCUCUUCGGCGACGUCGUUAAAAAUCCCCCUCGCCUCUCCGAUAGACCCGCGCCCCGACGAGCCGCGUCAACGCCCGGGGUCCCCGUGGCCGCACUUCUUUGGUUGCGGGGAGAGAGAUUCGGAUCUAGAUUCUGAGGCGCCUCUCUUGCGGGUUGUGACGCGGCGCCACUUAGCGAUAGAUAUGGCCACCGUUACGGAGUACGCCGGAGCGUUAUUUUCAAUUUAAUUCUUCUUCUACGUUUCUCCCCCACCACCCCCGUCGCCGUCUCGUCCCCCCUCCGCCUCACGGGUAGACGACGGGGCCGUUUUUUUCCGGGCAUGCCCCCGCGUGGAUUGCCGAGCGUCGGCGGCGGUCGUGGCUGCGUGGCAGGCUGGCCGGGGGAGCCUCUGUGAGUAGUCGCCGCCUCAGCUCGCUCGCAAGCGGAGGGAAACCGGAGCCGGGACGACGGAGAGCCAGCGAGCCCGUGUGGCCUCUCAAGCCAGACCGCCUUCCCCCCUUUGCACGGCGGCGGUCCGUUUCCUGUCUUCUGCUUUCUUUUUACACAUCCGCCGGAUGGGAUAUUUCAGCGAAAUACCACGAACGGCGACACUGUUGACCACCGACUUGGGCGGCUAACGCCGACUAGCUUAGGCGACCCCGGACUGGUUGGGGGGGGAGUAAAGCGUUGGUGCGACGCCAGCUGUCACCCGGAGAAAGAGGGGCAGCGCGGAGCCGUCAAGUAGAUGCGUGCGCCGACCGGGCUGCUCGCCGCCGUCGGACCCGCGCCGUCCGCCUCCGUCGAACGAGCGAAGUUGGGAGCAGCGCCGCCAGCCUUGGAUUAUAAUGCGCCGCUCUACGCCUCUCUGACGACUGCGGCGCACACCGUCGCUGGCGGAGAAGGCUAAGCUAGCUCGGGCUAGCUCGCUGGCUAAGCGAUAGAGAGAGGGGGGAGAGAAAAAAAGGAAAAAAGUGUGACGUUUAUCCUCCCGGUCAUUUGGACAUGAAGAAAAUAACUCGCUAUUCAUAGGGAUUGAAGAAUGUCAUCAGAGGAUAAGACUGUGGAACCCUCUGACCAGGGACCCUCGCCGCCAUCGAGCAGUGCAGGGGCCACGUCCACAGGAAGCCCUGCCCAUGCAGACAAGCGCCCUCGAGGCAGGCCACGCAAGGAUGCCGCUACCAUCUUACCGCAGGCACCACCCUCAUCCACAUCCAAGACCAGGAAGAAGGGUCGCACCAGAGGGCGGGUUGAGGAGGACAGCAUGGAUGGGACUGACAUACCAGAGUCCAUAGGCCCUCAGGACACAGAGACAGAAUCUCAGCUGGUGGAAAAUGUGGAAGUGGUGACUGUUGAGGGGCCAGAGGAAGACAAGCCCUCUUCCCCUCUGGUCCAGAUCUCACCAGCCAGGGAAUCAGCAGGACCAUCUGUCCCAGUGAGCAAAGAGUUUAAAAGCAGCGACCGUCUCUGUGCCUUCUGUUACUGCGGUGGUCGUAGCCUGCUGGGUCAGGGGGAUCUGCAAGUUUUCAGUGCCACGCCCGCACUCCCAACGCUCCAAAAAGACAGUGAUUCAGCUAGCGAGGGUGACAAGACCACUCAGCCAAAUGUGGCCAGGGAGGCCACCUCAGGACAGAGGGGCAAGCUGAAUGAAUCUGAGAGCCACAGGGAAGAACCAGACGCAGUCAGUCGGUACUGGGAUGAACUUUCUCAUGUCGGCCUCCCUCAAGAUCUGGACAUCCAGACUCUCUUUGAGUCAGGGGAGUGCUGGGCGCAUCAGAGUUGUGCGCUGUGGUCAGAGGGUGUUUGCGAGGGCAAGGGACAAUCUCUGCUUAAUGUGGACAGAGCCAUUGACUCAGGGAGCACAAAGCACUGUGCAUACUGUAAGCGCCUUGGAGCAUCCAUUAAGUGCUGUGCUGAAGGAUGUGCUCAACUCUACCAUUACCCCUGUGCAGGGGCUGCUGGGACUUUUCAGGAUAUCAAAAGUCUCUCCCUCCUCUGUCCAGAACACAUUGAAUUGGCCAUUCACAGAUUUGCAGAUGAUGUGAAUUGUGCGCUAUGUGAUAGCCCGGGGGACCUACUGGACCAGCUUUUCUGUACCAGUUGUGGUCAGCACUACCAUGGGAUGUGCCUGGAUAUGGCUGCAACUCCUCUGAGGAGGGCAGGCUGGCAGUGUCCAGAGUGCAAAGUCUGCCAGACAUGCAAGCAUCCAGGAGAGGACACCAAGAUGUUGGUGUGUGACGUGUGUGAUAAAGGCUACCACACAUUCUGCCUACAACCUGCCAUGGACUCUAUUCCCACCAACGGCUGGCGAUGCAAGAACUGCCGAGUGUGUGUCCAAUGUGGAACACGGACCAGCGGGCAGUGGCACCACACCAGCCUGCUAUGUGAGAACUGUGUCCAGCAUCGGGACCCGACUCUGUGCUGUCCUCUGUGUGCUUGCAUCCUGGACCCUGAGCAUCACAAAGACUUGCUGUCCUGCCACAGCUGUAAAAGAUGGCUACACCUGGAGUGUGAGCGUCAGAACUCAGGCCAAGCAGACAUCCACCCCAGGGAGGACUAUGUUUGUUCCAACUGCAGGUCCCCUGCUGCAGAGCAGGCCUUGCAGGCAGAGGAUAUGGACACUGGCCCAGAGCUAAGCCUUCAGCCGGCCUCAACGCACACAGACUCUGAGACCGACCUGCAGCUGGCUACAAAGCACACGGACCUAGAACCUGGCACUCAGCUGCCUGUCGAAAUGCACAAUGAACCCGAACCGGAAUUACUUGCUGUUCCAUUGCACUCUGAUCCAGAGCCUGUCCAGGAGGAGAGACCAGCCACGUCAGCCCAGAAGCCUGAAGUAGCUGUGGGACCUGACAUUGUUGAGCAGCAGGUUACUGAACCAUCUGUCAACAAAAGCUUGGCAGAAUUCAAACCAGAAUUAAAACCAGCAGUUAGGACUCUUGUGACCCAGCUUACAUCUGUAGAGAGUCCUGCAUCUCCAGGGUUUACCAACCUGGAGUCCAGGUCUCUCUCUCCCCAGGUUUCUAUGGAGACAGAACACGCACAGGAUAACAUGUUAACCACCAAGCCAGCAAAAGCAGAGACCUGCCCUGAGAAGGACAUGGUCACACCCAGCACAAAGGAUAUCAAGGCCAUCAUCUCAACCAAAGAACCAAGUACUGCAGAGAUAGCUGUCGCAGAUGAACCCAUGGAAGUUGCGCCAUCCAAGCCUGUGGAUAUGGAUGAAAUUGGGGCUGUUUCCCGGGAAACUGCUCCGAAAGAACUUUGCAAGGAGAAGCAAGAGGGCCAUGUGCACACAAAUCUAACGGAGGCUGUUGAUUCCUCAAGAUCAAGUGCAUUGAAGGAGAUGGAAACUACCCCAGAGAGCAAGCCUAAUCUCUCACUUCUCAGCCCGUCUUCUGAUGAAAAACCUCACAAGGUGUCUUUAGACAGAAUCGCUGAGAUAGCGGUCUCUCCUACGCACUUUUCCCCUCUGGCCCUGGGGAACUCCCCCCGAGAGCCUCCACAGACCCACACUGUCCUUUCCCUAGGCGACCACAGCAGUAUGAUGCCCACCACUACCACACUCAUACCACUCACUCCUAAAAUUGGCAUGGGAAAGCCAGCCAUCUCCAAGCGGAAAUUUUCUCCUGGGAGGCCAAGAGUAAAGCAGGGUGCAUGGAGCCCCCAUAGCAGUGUGAGCUCCCCCUCAUCCUGGUCACCAGACCAGCCAGAGGGGUGGGACGUCCCAAAGACCAGGCAGCCCUCCGGCAGCCCCGGCUGGAGCAUCAGAGUGGGCCGUGGAUCAGGCUUCCCAGGCAGGAGGAGGCCCAGAGGGGCAGGACUAUCAGGUAGAGGGGGGCGUGGAAGAGCCAGAGGCAAGAAUGGGGCUUGUCCUGCCAUCAACCCUGGGAUUACUACAAUAGAAACACCGUACCCAGUCAAGGAAGAAGAGGAGAACGCCAUGCACAACACAGUGGUUAUAUUCUCCAGCAAUGACAGUUUUACACUGGAACAGGACAUGUGUGUGGUGUGUGGGAGCUUUGGUCUGGGGGCAGAAGGUCGCCUUCUGGCCUGUGCUCAGUGCGGCCAGUGCUACCAUCCCUUCUGUGUUGGUAUAAAGAUCACCAAGGUGGUGCUGAGUAAAGGCUGGCGCUGUCUGGAGUGUACGGUGUGUGAGGCCUGUGGCCAGGCCACAGACCCUGGUCGUUUGCUGCUGUGUGAUGACUGUGACAUCAGCUACCACACCUACUGCCUGGACCCUCCUUUGCAGAACGUACCCAAGGACAGCUGGAAGUGCAAAUGGUGUGUGUCCUGUACUCAGUGUGGGGCCACCUCCCCAGGCCUGAGGUGUGAGUGGCAGAAUAAUUACACCCAAUGUGGCCCCUGUGCUAGCCUGGCAACUUGCCCCAUCUGCCUACUUGACUACAGUGAAGGCAUGAUCAUCAUGCAGUGCCGUCAGUGCGACAGGUGGCUGCAUGCCUCUUGUCAGGGUCUUCAUUCUGAGGAUGAGGUGGAAAAAGCUGCAGAUAACAGCUUUGACUGCACUAUGUGCCGAGCGUUCAAGUCCACUAAGGUGCCAGCCAAGGCCAGAGACACCAUUGAGCCUGCAGUUAUGACGCAGUUUGUAACAAAGGCCAAAGAAAUGGACUUGGCGAGGACCUAUACCCAGGACGGCGUGUGUCUGACAGAGUCAGGGCUGUGCCAGCUCCAGAGCCUGUCGGCCACCGCAUCACGACGCAGGAAGCCAAAGCCCAAGCUGAAGCUGAAGAUCAUCAACCAGAACAGUGUGGCAGUGCUCCAGGCCCCCGCAGACCCCCUUUCAGAGCACUCCCGUGAUGAAGACAUAGAGGACAACAGAGAGGUGGAACUCAUGGAUUGCGAGGGGAAGUCUGACUCAAGCCUGGAGCGAGAGCCAGCAGAGGACGACUCCAAGGGGGCCAACGGCAGCAAGAAGAGAAAGAGGAAGCCGUACCGACCGGGCAUUGGCGGGUUCAUGGUGCGCCAGCGGAGCCGUCCGGGACAAGGGCCGAGCAAGGCCAAGCGGUUGUUGUGCAGGAAGGAUUCCACCGGCUCCGUAUCCGAGAACCUUACUGGAAAAGAUGAAGGAUGGACAGAGGCCCAGCCUGAUGCCACUGUAGAUGAGACUCCACCCGGCCCAGAGGUCCCUGAAAAAAUCAAGAAACGCUACCGCAAGAAAAAGACCAAAUUAGAAGAGGCCUUUCCCACAUACCUGCAGGAGGCAUUCUUUGGAAAGGACUUGCUGGACAAGAGCAAGCAGAGCAGGCAACAGGGGGUGGAACCAGGUUUACUGGAAGAGGGGCAGGGCCAAGCAGAGAGGAAGCACCCCACCACCGGCUUCCUAAACCCCUCGUCAGACCCCCUGCUCAGUGCAUCGGCCUCAGCUCUGCCCACCAGGCCCGCAGAAGCUCAGACGUCUGAGGAACCGUUAGUUGAUCUAUGUGAUGUUCUGAACACUGAUGCAGACAUCUUGGGAAUGCUGGGGAAGCCGAGCAGUGACUCUGGUCUUGAUUUUUGCCCCUUCCAGGUUGACAGCUCACCUCCUCCUUUUGCUGGUUUGGACAUCGGGCCCUUGGCUGACAGCUCCCCAGUGGGGCCCCAGUCCGGCCGACGGACACCUCGUGCCAUCCCAGAGGAACCCCUGGACGGAAUCCUCAGCCCGGAGCUGGACAAGAUGGUCACCGAUGAAUCCAUUCUCAGCAAACUGUACAAAAUCCCAGAGCUAGAGGGUAAGGAUGUAGAGGAUCUCUUCACUGCAGUUCUGAGCCCCAGCACCAACCAACCGCCACCACAGGUGCCUCACCCCCAGGGCCCAGGACCCCUCCCUUCAGCACCAGGCACCAGUAUGCCUCACCCCAACGCUGGAAAUCCCAUGUUUCCAAGAAUGCCAAUGAUGAACGGCAUGAUGGGACCAAAUCAACGUUUUCCGCCAAGCCCAGGCGCAGGGCCCUGCAUCCCAGAAAAUUUCUCCCCCCUCCACCGUAUGCCUUUCGCUGACAAUCCAAGGGAUAGGAAGUUUAAUCAGAUGCCUAGAGAGGCACUUGCCCAUGGCCCAUGGCUUUCUCCUGCCCAUGGCUCAGGCCCAGCCCCUCCUGGAUCUCUGCCUGAGGGGGAGACGGAAUCUAUGUCCAAUGCCCAAAGGAGUACACUCAAAUGGGAAAAGGAGGAGACUCUGGGAGAGCUAGCCACUGUCGCACCUGUCCUCUAUACCAACAUCAACAUUCCCAACCUUAAGGAGGAGUUUCCAGACUGGUCUACAAGAGUCAAGCAAAUUGCAAAACUGUGGAGAAAGGCUAGCUCACAAGACAGGGCCCCAUAUGUGCAAAAAGCAAGGGACAACAGAGCUGCCCUGCGUAUCAACAAAGUCCAGAUGUCCAACGAGACGAUCAAGAGGCACCAACCACAGCAGCAUCCCCCUGAGGUGUUUGACCCCAACAUACCACUAGACACAGAACUGCUCUUUAAAGACCCUCUGAAACCCAAAGAGUCAGAGCAUGAACAAGAGUGGAAGUUUAGACAGCAAAUGAGGCAGAAAAGCAAACAGCAAGCCAAGAUUGAAGCCACCCAGAAACUGGAGCAAGUUAAGAAUGAGCAGCUGCAGCAGCAGCAGCAACAACAGCAGCAGCAGCAGACAACAGGCAGCCAGUCUGAGGGAGACGGCAACAAUAGUGGUAACCAGAGCCCUGCCUCCCAGCCCAGCAAUGGGAGUACAUCCCCCAAUGCUAAAGAGAGCUUUGCUAGGCCCCACCUCCCAGGAACGCCAACCUCGGGGCCUCCUGAGGACGUGUUCCUGCGGCCUCCUCCGCCCCCUCCAUCAGGACCCUCCUCCCAACCUCAGUCCCCUCAGGUCUUCUCACCAGGCUCCUCCGGCUCCAGACCAUCAUCUCCAUGGGACCCUUAUGCCAAAAUGGUGGGAACCCCUAGACCACCAGCUCUAGGGCCAAAUGUAUGUCGCCGAAUGCCCCUGGAUUCUGGCAAGUCCCCGAACUCUCUGAUUGAGCAGCAGGAUAGAGGGAGGCCCUCUCCGGCUCAUGAGUCUUUUGGCUCCCCUACAUCCAUGAGUAAUGACCCUUACGCUAAGCCUCCUGACACCCCAAGGCCAGCAGGGGAAAUUGACCCCUUCCUAAAGCCGAUGGGCCCUCCCAGGUCCAGUCAGGCUUCCCAAGGGAGACCCCCAAUGGGCUCCCCUGCUAGGGACCCUUACUCCAGACCUAUGAUCAGGAAUGAGGCUUAUCAGCGCAUGGCCCUGAAUAGGAUGAUCCUGUCUGACCCUUAUUCACGGCCCUUACUAGCCCCUAUACCUGGCAGUAAUGAGUCUGGCUCAGUGUCUCUGUUCAAAACGCCCAUGCCUCCUUCCCAGGCUCAGGACCCCUUUAACCGGCCAGGACCACAUCCCUCUGACAGGUUUUCUCAGAGUCAUCAGAGUGACCCAUACGCUCAGCCCCCCCACACCCCAAGACCUUCUGGAAAUGACCAGUCAUUCACUAGUCCGCCAAGAAUGGGCCAGCAUCACUCUCAGGGCCAUCAAUUUGCUCAGCCAGGACAAAUGCAGCAGAUGUCUAGAAAUCCUUAUGCCCAUGCUCCCUCCACCCCAAGGCCCGACCACUUCACCUAUGACCCCUUUGCCCAACCCACUGGACCACCCAAGCCAGCUUCUGACCCCUAUGCUCAGCCCCCAGGUACCCCUCGACCCAUGAGUGAGCCUCACACCCAAUCACGCCCAUUCUUUGAGCCCUAUGCUCGACCCCCUGGUACCCCACGUCCACAUGACAACUACAGCCAGUCAUCAAACACCCCCAGCCCAUCCUCAGACCCUUACUCCCAGGCUUCUACUGCUCCUCGCCAAGGUGGGAUGAACCAGUUUGGUCACCAGUCUCACCCUACUCAGAGAAUGUCCCCAUCCCACUCUGUGGACACUUAUGCCCAGCCGCCCAGUACUCCGCGUCCUUCCAUGGGUGAGAGGUUUUCCAAAUCACCAGGUAGCCAAAGGGGGUCUAUGGACCCAUACACCAACACUGGAACACAAAGGCCAGUGAGUGGUGAUAUGUUUUCUCAGCCAGGGGCCCCCAAACCAAUGCUAAAUGACCCCUAUGCCCAGCCUCAAGGGACCUUGCGUUCUGGUAUUGGUCCAGAUGGGCUCAGCAGGCAGGGGCCAAGGCCAGGACCCAUGGGGAACCAAGACCCUUUCUCUCCCCCUCAAGGCAGGCUACAGGAGCCUUUUCCUCAUCCUGGCUCGCAAACACCAAAAAACCCUGGUAUGCUAGAAGACGGAUUUAGUCGGUCACCAUCCAGGAGACCAAAUCAGACACCUGUCCACGACUCAUUUGAACAGGCUCCCAUGACCCCUCGACCACAGCCAACAGAGAAGAUGGAAAUGAAAGAUCAGUCCAGCAUGGGAAACACUGGCACUGCGCCUCAAGACCAGGGCCAACUGUCCAGCAACCCGCAGAUUCCUGGCACUUCUGAAGCUCCAAGUGUUCCGCUUGCUGACAGUGAGGAAAGACUCAGACAGAAGCAACGAAUCAGAGAACUGAUCCUUAAACAACAACAGCAGCGAAGUGCCAUCCGCCAAGAGAGGGGCCCCCAAGAGCCUCCUGGCAACAUGACCCCAGGACCACCUCGACCCUGGCCCCAGGAUGGCCCUGGGCAGCAGAGCGAUAUGUUUGGGAGGCCCCCUCCACCCUAUCCUGGACAAGGACCCAUCAGAGGGCCCAUUAGGUUCUCUGGACCUUUUCCAGGGGAUCAGCGUGGCCCCUUCCCAAAUGAAGGGCAGAUCCCAAGGGGCCAACAUCCUGUUGAUCCUAGUCUGAGACAUCAAGGGGCAAGGUUUGCAUUUCCAACUGGUGGUCCAGGACCACAUGGGGGCCAGGAAUUUUUCCCCCGAGGUCCUCACCCAAUGCAGGAUGUCCCCCAUCAGAUGAGGCGAUCUGUGUCUGCAGACAUGGCAAAAUCUAUGGGUGGCAGCCCCAUGGGGCUGCCGCAGCACUUCCCUCCUCGUGGCAUACCAGUACAGCAGCACAAUAUAAUGGGUCAGCCUUUUAUUGAGCUACGACACAGAGCUUCAGAGAACAGGCUUCGUAUGCCCUUUGCCCCCAGCACCAUGCAAGGGAACAAUAUAGACACCAAUAUGCAGGCUCAGAGGCCCCCUGGCUUCCUGGGAACACCUGAGUUCAGAUUCCCUUCCAGCCAGGCGCCUAGAAUGAUGGACCCCAUGGGGAAUCAGGCUGGCCAGGCCCAGCUAUCAGCCAGCAUGGAGAACCUGAACCAGCAGCCACAGAUGCCAGGAAACAACCUACCCCGGCAAGCCCCAUUGAUGAGAUCCAUGAGCCAACCAGCUUCCAAUGAGACCCAGAACAUGGCUGCAUCGAUGAUGCUGGCUGUGCCCUCCGCUGGGCAGUCUGAGACUGUUGCUGUGGUAAGCAAUGAAGCUGUUGAGGAGAAAUUGGAUGUAGAGGAGUCGGCCGUCAAGGAUCUUGAGGAUGUGGAGGUGAAAGACCUGGUGGAUGCUGACUUGGAAAACCUGAAUUUAGAUCCAGAAGAUGGUAAAGACCUAGACUUGGAGACAAAUGACCUACACCUUGAUGAUUUCCUGACAUCUGGGAAAUUUGACAUUAUUGCCUACACAGACCCUGACCUAGAUGACAUAAAGAAAGACAUGUUUAAUGAAGAAUUGGAUCUAAGUGACCCUAUGGAUGACAGUGCUGACACAACAGAUAUUCAGAGGGCUCUUUCUGAGAAAAGGAACUCAAACUCUGGUGGUACCAAGACGUCAUCCAGCUCAGAAUCUGUAAUUGCUAAGUCUGAGGCCCCAGGUGACCAGUCUUCCUCUGAAGUCAAACAGGAAGCUGCCAGUAGUAAGGGCUCUGCCUCUUUGGCAUCUGAGCUGGAGAUCAAAACAGAGGUCAAAGAGGGUCAGAAGCCCACUGAUGUGAUAGACCAGCAAGCUGACGGAAACAGCACGACCCCAAACCAGCAGGGAGUGCUCUCUGACUCCACCCCAGUCCUCUCUAGUUUACUCAUUAAGCAACAGCCAGAAGAGCAGUCAUUAAACCCAAUAGUUGAAUCUGUCACUCAAAGCACCAACCUGAUGUCCCAGCCAAACCAAGCCACUGACACUCAGCAUAGCUCUGGACUAACAAUGGGUCAAGCAGAAUCUGACGCCACUGACACGGGAGAAGCUUCCAUGUCUGGUUUUGGGGCAGAGCAUCAGGUGGGGCUGACCCCUGGUGUUGACCAGAGCGGUCUUAGCCAGGCUCAGCAGAACAUACUAAACCAGGCUGUGGGCCAGCAACAUCGGCCGCUGUUAUUGGAGGAGCAGCCGCUCCUAUUACAGGACCUUUUGGACCAGGAGAGGCAGGAGCAGCAGCAGCAGAGGCAAAUGCAGGCCAUGAUACGGCAGCGCUCCAGCGACUCCUUCUUCCCCAACAUCGAUUUUGACGCCAUCACUGACCCAAUUAUGAAGGCUAAGAUGGUUGCCCUGAAAGGCAUCAACAAAGUCAUGGUUCAGAACAACAUGGGAAUGACUCCCAUGGUUAUGAACAGGUUUCCUCCUGGUCCGAUACCACCUUGUCCUGAAAGCACCCCUGUUCCUCCACAAGUUGUUGGACAGGAUGCCAAAUUGACACAAGUAGCAAGGCCGAAUCCUCCAAACUUUGGGCCAGGUUUUGUCAACAACGCUCAAAGGGCUCAGUAUGAGGAGUGGCUCCAGGAGACACAGCAGCUACUUCAGAUGCAACAGAAGUUUCUAGAAGAGAAGAUAGGAGCACACAGGAAAUCCAAAAAAGCCCUGUCAGCCAAGCAGCGAACGGCUAAGAAGGCUGGGAGGGAGUUCCCUGAGGAGGAUGCCGAGCAGCUUAAACAUGUCACAGAGCAGCAGGGUGUUGUGCAGAAACAACUGGAACAGAUUCGCAAGCAGCAGAAGGAGCAUGCUGAGCUGAUUGAGGAGUACAGAGUUAAACAACAGCAAAACAACAUGCCACCUACUAUGAUGCCAGGAAUGCCACCAAUGCAAGUUCCUACUGGCAUAGUACCAGGUGGACCACCAAUGGUUCAGCCUCCUAUGAACCCCAUGAUGCAAAUGCAGCUACAUCAGGGCCAGCCAAAUGCAACCCCGCGUAUGCCCAAUGUACCACCCGGCUGGCACCUUAGAGCUCCAGUGCCCAUGGGUGGCCCAAGUAUGCCUCCUAUGAUGCCCCCACAGGUUACUAUGGGAAAUCCAGGUCCACCUCAUCAGAUGCCAAUGGGUAACCUACCUCAGCACCCACAGAUGCCCAUGGAACCUCAACCACCACAGGUUCCACCAGGUGGGGUCAAACCUGUGCAGGCAGGGGGUGUGAAGUUUGAUGACAACAACCCAUUCAGUGAGGGCUUUCAGGAGCGGGAGAGGAGGGAGAGACUGAGGGAGCAGCAGGAGAGGCAGCGGGUGCAACUCAUGCAGGAGGUGGAGCGACAGAGAGCUCUGAAACAACGCAUCGAGAUGGAGCAACAAGGCAUGAUAGGGCCAGAUGGGAACAUGGCACCACUUGCUCAGAUGCCCUUUUUUAAUUCUGAGCUGCCCCAGGACUUCAUACAGCCUCAGAGGCCUCCCCCACAACAGCAGCAACAGCCGAUGUUCCCCCAGCAGCAGGGCAUGCAGCCUGGUAUGGGCUCUCCGCCUGGGGCUUUUAUUCAAGGUGAUAGGAGAGUCAUGAUGGGAAAUGGGAUGAUGCCACAGGACAUGGGGCCUGGUUUUGGUCCUGAUAAUCUCCCAGCUAAUUUCCCUCAGGGUCAACCCAGACCUCGCCGGUUUAGUGGGCCAGGGAUUAUGCCACAAAUGCCUGUUGAUGGGCCUCCAUUUGGGGCAGAUACAGCCACUCCUCUGCCCUCCAACUUCCCAGGAUCAGGCCAGUCUCUGAUCCAACUUUACUCCAACAUCAUCCCAGAUGAGAAGGGAAAAAAGAAGAGAAACCGCAAAAAGAAAAAAGAUGAUGACGUAGAGUCAGUCAAGACACCCUCCACGCCGCAUUCUGACCUCACAGCCCCUCUUACACCCUGUGUCUCAGACACCUCCUCUACACCAACCAGAAACCCUCAUCUCUUUGGUGACCAGGACCUCUCCAGGUCCCCCUUGCUAGGUUCAUCCACUCCCAGUCACUCUGAACUGGAGAGGCAGCUAUCUGGAGGGCUAACUGGACAACCAAGUCUCCCCCCAGACACAGCAAGGGCCCAGGAGCAGGACAGGAUCCUCAGCAACAUCAAGCUGGAAAAGACUGAGACCAGUGAGUGUCAUGGGCCCAGAGAUAGUGCCAUUGGCUCAGAAAUGGGCUCUAUGAAAGAGGAGAGUAGUAAGGGCGCCAUGUCCCCUUUCCGUACUGGGCAGAGUCCUUCCAAUAAGGGCGAAGCUGGCAAUGAACUGUUGAAACACCUCCUGAAGAACAAAAACACGCCUCCACCGGGGCUGCCCCACCAGAGGUCAGAGGAGAGUCUGCGCUCAGAGGAGGAAGAAGCUGCAGACUGCAAGGCCCUGCUUCGACAGAGCUCCCUGGACAGUAAUGGGGCCUACUCAGAUGGCACACAUGACUUCCCUGGACCUCUGCUCCCUGAACAAGAAAAGAAGAAAGGGCGGAACAAAAGGGCUCCCAAGGGUGGGGAGAAACCUGUUUCUCGCUACAAGAAGAGGAAGAAGGAUGGAGAAGAAAAGCAACUAAUGCACUCUGGCGCUGACACUGUAAUGACCCAAAUCAAACAGCAGCUCUCUCUGCUGCCCCUGAUGGAGCCACUGAUCGGGGUCAACUUUGCUCAUUUCGCUCCCUACGGCAGUGGCCAGCUCAACGGGGAGAAUCUCCUGUCCGGGACCUUCGGAAGCGCCUCACUCGAUGGAGUUUCUGACUAUUAUUCUCAGUUGGCCUACAAGCAGAGUAACUUGAGCAACCCACCCACACCACCGGCAUCUCUUCCUCCCACUCCACCACCAGUGAGCCGACAGAAGAUGAUCAAUGGCUUUGCUACAACAGAGGAACUGGCCAGCAAAGCUGCUGCCAUGGUGUCAAAAGGCCUUGUCCCAAAGCCACUGCACGUCCCAUUCAGGACAGAGGAGGAUCUGCUGGCCCGAGCCAUCGCCCAGGGACCCAAAACUGUCGAUGUUCCAGCCUCUCUCCCUACCCCACCUCACAACAACCAGGAAGAGCUCAGUAACCGCGGACAGGAGCCUUGCAAAGACAGGGACACGCCGGACAGUUUUGUUCCAUCCUCGUCCCCCGAAAGCGUUGUUGGCAUGGAAAUUAGUCGCUACCCAGAUCUGUCCCUGGUGAAGGAAGAGCCUCCCUCCCCCUGCCUUUCUCCUGUCCUGCCUAUGCUCCCUGCACCUGAAGGGAAAGGGUCAGAGAUCAAACUUCAAGAUAUCAAGACAGAGCCUUCUGGAAUGUUCUUUGGCUCCCCCUUUGGCUCCGUGUCUAAUGAUUCCAAACAAGGGCUGGUGUCUGUGGCUAUCACACUGAGACCAGCUGCAGCAGAGAACAUCACGGGUGUAGUGGCGGCCAUUUCAGAUCUCCUAUGUGUGAAGAUCCCUAGCAGCUAUGAGGUCAGCAGCACCCCAGAAAAGGGGCCCCUGGCAAUGCUCAGUGGCCUGCGGGUAGGUCCCCAUGGCUUUGAGCCUCGACCACCCGUACUCUUCCAAGGACACAGCAAUAAUGGAGGCCCUCAGGGGGGCUCAGGUCAGCUGAUGAGGCCCAGUGGAACUCAAGGGAUGAUGCAUCAACAGCAGACGCAGCAUCUGCGCUUCCAGCCUGACAGCCCAGGCUCGGCUGCAGCCAGGGGACCCGAUCAGAAGAUCCCAGGCAGCCCUGGAUCCAAGCCCCAGUGGUGCUGUCACUGCAAGGUGGUGGUUCUGGGAAAUGGAGUUCUGAAAUCCAUCAAAGACCUCCCUGCCCAUAAACAGGAGACUGAAUAUCAGUUGAAGUCUGAGGGGAACUUGGUCUUCUGCAGUCACAGUUGCUUCCUUCUCUUUUCCUCAUCAUCGUCAUCCUCACAACCCAGAUCAACUACAGACACCAAGAAAUCUGUGGCUCUUCUGCCAGAUAUUGAGCAAAGAGAGAGCCUUUCCAAGGCCCAACACCAGUACAAUAACAACAUGUCCUCGCUGGAUGUUCAUUGUCUGGCCCAGCUCCAGCCCAAGCAGUCUCCCCCUUCCACCCCUCCCAUCCCCUUUCCCACGGCAAGUGGGCUACCCAAGACAGAAGCCAAAUCUGACACCAUCAGAGUUACAGUGAAGCUGAAGGCCCGACCAAGGGCCCACCACCAUGACGGGUGGCACCAGGGAAAGAGACAAAAGGGUCUCCGUUGGAGGAAGUGGACAGUUCAGGUGGUAGUACACAGAGGGAACUCACAACUCCCAGAUGAGGAUAAGAUCGACGAGCUCCUUAAGAAGCUGGGGGCCUCUUUGCGCCCCCGUGCCUCACUGCGGGACCAGAGGCGAUGUUGUUUCUGCCACCAGCUUGGGGAUGGAAUCACUGAUGGCCCAGCAAGGCUGCUUAACCUGGAUCUGGACGUAUGGGUCCACCUCAACUGCGCUCUGUGGUCCACCGAGGUAUAUGAGACUCAGGCGGGUGCCCUCAUCAACGUGGAGCUGGCGCUGCGCCGUGGCCAGUCAGUCCGUUGUGCCUAUUGCCAGCAGACGGGCGCCACCAGUGGCUGCCACCGCCUGCGCUGUACCAACGUCUACCACUUCACUUGUGCCCUGCAAGCUCAUUGCACCUUCUUCAAGGAUAAGACCAUGCUUUGUCAUGCCCACAGACCCCGGGGCACUGCUGGACAGGCGCUGGAGCAUGAGCUGCGUUGCUUUGCCGUGUUCCGACGUGUCUACGUUCAGAGGGACGAAGUGCGUCAGAUCGCCACCGCUGUGCAGCAGCCUGAACUGGGCUACACCUUCCGAGUGGGCAGCCUGGUGCUGCAUGCCAUAGGUCAGCUGACCCCACAGCAGAUGGCAGCCUUCCACUCACCCACUGCCAUUUUCCCAAUUGGCUAUGAGGCUUGCCGCAUCUACUGGAGCAUGCGCCAUGGCAACCAGCGCUGUCGCUAUAUCUGCUCCGUGGAGGAGGGGAAUGAAGUGCCAGAGUUUUCCAUUCGCGUCAUUGAACAGGGCUAUCAAGACCUGGUCCUGACUGACACCACCGCUAAAGGAGUGUGGGAUAAGGUUCUGGGUCCAGUUGCUGAGAGAAGAACUGAAUCAGGCACUCUGAAACUCUUCCCUAUCUACCUAAAGGGAGAGGAUCUGUUUGGGCUUACAGUCUCUGCAGUUACCAAAAUUACAGAAUCACUCCCGGGAGUGGAGGCUUGCGAGAGAUACUCUUUCCGUUAUGGACGCAACCCACUGUUGGAGUUACCGCUCAUCUUCAACCCUGCUGGCAGUGCCCGUGCCCAGCCUCGAACCUGCACUGCCGCCCGUGCACUGGUGAUAAGGCCACAGCCCCAGACUGUAUCCAGCAGCAGUGCCAGGUCCAACCAGAAUGUGGCCCAGGGAGAAGGUGGCGCCCCACACAGCAAGCCUCCAGUAGUGCACCCCAGAUCCUCCCAGUACCGCUGGAUGAAGAGUGAGUGGAGAGCCAAUGUCUAUCUGGCACGGUCCCGCAUCCAGGGCCUGGGCCUGUUUGCCGCCAGGGACAUUGAAAAACAAACCAUGGUGAUCGAGUACAAUGGAACCAUUCUUCGCAACGAAGUCGCCAUUAGUAAAGAGAAGAUGUACAGAGCUCAGAACCGAGGAGUAUUCAUGUUCCGCAUUGACAGUGAACAUGUUGUGGAUGCCACCCGAACCGGAGGGCUAGCAAGGUACAUAAACCACUCUUGUGCCCCAAACUGUGUCGCUGAGGUGGUAACGUUCGAAAGGGGUUACAAAAUUAUCAUCAGCAGCAGUCGUAGGAUUGAGAAAGGAGAGGAGCUGUGUUUUGACUACCAGUUUGACACUGUGGACGGUCAGCACCAGAUCGCCUGCCACUGCGGCGCCCCCGAGUGCAGGAAGUGGAUCAACAGAGCAUAACGGAAAUGACAUUAAAUACAAAAUGCAUUCCUUGCCCCCGGUGUGUGCAUGCCCCGAUCUCUGCGGGGAGCAAAUGGCUUCACGCUAAAGUCAUUUUAUGAAUGAGCAGAGGGCCUGAACCCGUCGAGUGGAGUCCCGGCUGACUAGUACGGGUCGGCCGGGAGGAGUUAGGGAACUUACGAGGCAGUAGCAGGAUGUGACUUGUGCCAUAUGUGAGAGGCUCUAACGUAUUGGAUGUCCUCAGUCUGUCUAUAUGUACC